AUGUUCUCCAAGGCUCUUUCUACCGCCGCGGUGGUCCUCGCUGCCGCUGGCCUGGUCUCUGCCCAGACUUAUACCGACUGCAACCCCCUCAAGAAGACCUGCCCUGCCAACCCUGCAUUUGGCGACAACAAGGUCGACUGCGACUGGACAAAGGGUGAAUGCGAUGCCUUCCACAGCAUGAUUGGAACCAGCCUCAAGUACGACGGCAAGGGUGCCUCGUUCAUUAUCAACAAGGAGAGCGAUGCUCCCACCAUCCGAACAGACAACUACAUUUUCUUUGGCCGAGUGGAUGUCGUUGUCCAGGCCGCCCAGGGCCAGGGAAUUGUCACCAGCGCCGUCCUUCAGUCCGACGACCUCGACGAGAUCGAUUGGGAAUGGGUUGGUGGUGACAACGCCCAGGUCCAGUCCAACUAUUUCAGCAAGGGUGAUACCACCACCUACGACCGCGCCGUCUACCACCCCGUUUCAGCUCCUCUCACUUCGACUCACAAGUACUCCGUUGAGUGGACCUCGACCAAGAUUGACUGGCUCAUUGACGAUGCCGUUGUCCGUACUCUGAACGCUGCCGACGCCAAGGGCGGAUCUGCCUUCCCCCAGACCCCCAUGCAGAUCAAGAUGGGAACCUGGGUUGCUGGAGGCAAGAACAGCAACGCCGGAACCCGAGAGUGGGCUGGUGGCUACACCAACUUUGAUGAUGCCCCCUUCACCGCCUACUACAAGAGCAUUACCAUUGUCGACUACGCUGGAAAGGACGCCCCUGGCCAGAACGCUGGUGCUAAGGAGUACGUCUACGGCGACAACUCUGGUGACUGGACUAGCAUCAAG